GCGGCGCACAGCUGCCAGUACCGCGGCAGCGUGGCCGACUGUGCGGCGAGCAAUCUCACGGCGCCGCCGACCGGCCUCUCGCAGAACACCACCGAACUCGACCUGCAAGGCAACCGUCUGGGCAGGCUCGACUUCGCGGCGCUCGGACUGCUGCAGCGCGCGCGCGUCCUCAACUGCAGCGGCGCCGGCGUGACGGGCGUGAGUGGCACGGGCGCGGCGCUGCCGCGGCUGCGCCAGCUCGACCUCAGCCGAAACGCGCUGACGGCGGUCGCGGCCAACACGUUCCGCAGUUUCGCGGAGCUGCGGCGGCUCGACCUUUCGCAUAACCGGAUCGGCAGCGUGGCGGACGCGGGCCUGGUGCUGCCGCGGCUGGCCGUCCUCGACCUCUCGCACAACCUGCUGACGGCCCUGACGCGGUUCGCGCUGAUCGACCUGGCCGAGCUGCGCGAGCUCGACCUGUCGCACAACCUGUUGCUGCGGCUGGCCAGCGACGCGUUCGCGAGCGCGCGCAACUUCUCGCGGCUCGACCUGUCGCACAACCGGCUGAGUCGGCUGGACGGUGCGGCGCUGCGCGGCCUGCACGCCGCCUCGCUCGACCUCUCCGACAACCUGUUCCGCCGUGUGCCGACCGCCGCGCUGAAGGCCGUCAAGCUGGUGGGUGUGCUGGAGCUGAGCGGGUGCCCGGUGGAGCGGCUGUCCACGCGUGCGCUGCACAAGAUCGCGGCGCGCGACGUGCGCUUGCGGCGUGCGGCACCGCUGCGGCGCGUGGCGCGCCACGCCGUCGACGAUAUGCCGUUGCUGGAGCGGCUGACGCUCGCCGAGAACCCGCGCCUCGACUUUAUCCAGCCCGAGAUGGCACGCCGGGUGCCGAGCCUGCGCUACCUGAACCUCUCCGGUAACGCGCUGCUGGCGCUGAGCCAGGCGGUCGUGCCGCCGGCGGCGCUUCAGCUCGACUUGCGCCGCAAUCCGUUGCGCUGCGAUUGCGCGCUGCGUUGGCUGCGCGCUCCAGCCGGCCGGCUGACCGCGACCUCCGACGCUGUCUGCGCGCCGCCGGGGCUGCGCGCCCAGCCGGAGCGCUGCGCGCCGCACGUGUUGCCGCUCUUCCAGAACCGCUCCGAGCCGCUCGGCCAGUCGCUGAGUAUGCAGUGCGCGAGCGGCGGCUGGCCGCUGAACGCCGUGUCCGUCACCUCCAACUUCGUCACUGUCUCGUGGAGCGUCGCCGGCGGCAGCCUCGUCGCCUUCUUGCUCAUCCAGGAGCCGCCGGCCGGCGCCGGCAACGCCACCAGCUAUCGCGUCAACAACAUGGGCCUACAGGCGCAGUCGUUCACCUUCAACCACCUGGAACCGGGCACCGAGUACACCUUCUGGCUGGCUCUGCCCCGCGCCGAGUACGUCAUCCGCCUGGCCUCGCUGCGGGUCACCACGCGGCAGGCCGGCUUCCUCUACAUGCGAGGCCGCCGCAAAAACUACGCCAGUGUGAUAGCGAUGGCGGUGCCGGCGGCGGGCAUCGUGCUCACCUGCCUGGCGCUGUGCGCGCGCCGGCUGCACCACUGGCGCCGCCACAGGCGCAACCUGACGCUGAAUCAGCUGGCGCGCAGUGGCGUGCUGCCCUCCACCUCCAACACCUCCGACAUGGCAUUCCUGAACCACUCGGCGGCCGUGAACGCGGCCGAGGAGGCGGAGCGGGCCUCCGUGGUCGCCGAGAGCACGUGCUCGGUGAUAUCGGGGAACGCUUUGGACGGGCGGGAGCCGACCCCGACCGUCGAGGCGCCCAAACAGAACGCGUUGUGA